GUAUAUAAACAACCAACUUGGCAACUUACAUCCUCAAUUUCUCUCAUAAUAUACAUAUCUCCACUCAUCAAAACCUCUGUUUUAGCUUGGUUUCAGAUUUAGAUAAUCAAUGGCGAAAGGUGGAAAGCUAAUCAAGAUCAAAUCGGUGCUAAAGAAGUGGCAUUCAUUUGGGAACGGGAAGCCAGGUGGUCUGACGAAAGGCUGCUUCAGUGCGUCCACUUCCGAUGAGGAUAUUGAGUGCCCGCAGCAGAAGUUGAGCCGUUCUCAUUCUCAUCCUGCUGUGUAUGUAGGCAAAUCACGGCGGCGCUACCUUAUAAGCUUCGGUGUGGCCCAACACCCAUUGUUUCAAGAGCUUGUGGAACGUUCGGGUUCAGGUUUAGACGAUGAGGAUCAUCCCAAUGUGACGAUUAAAUGCGAGGUUGUGCUGUUUGAACAUCUUUUGUGGAUGAUCGAGAAUGCAGUUUCUCAACCUGACGCUUUGCAUGAGCUUGUGGAUUUUUACGCUUGCUGAAACUAAUCCUGGUCAAUCUAUGCUUUUUAUUUUAUAUAUUUUAUAUUUUAGAAAAAUAAAAUUUAUGUGCUAUUUUAUCCUCUUAUUUCAUUUCAUCCUUUAAUUUUACAAGCAUCAUCUUCUUUUGUUGAUUCUUUGCAAUAUGUACUUGAACUAG